UUUUUUCCUUUUUCUUGUUAUUUUCCCCUUGACAGCCUCGUUCGUUUCACCACCAUUCGUUUGAUACGACUCAUCGACUAAGCUGCCUGAAAAGUUUUUUUGCUGCACCUCUCUUAGCAACUCUCGUAACCUUCCUCCAGGCGAGGCUGAAAGAGACAGGAGAAGAAAAAGAAAAAGGGAACGUUGCCUCGACGAUUUUCGAGCAGACGAAGAAGAACUACGCAGAUAUCGCUAAUCCUAAUAACCUAUUCGCUUCUCCGCGUCAUAUUUGUUUUUUUUAUAUGUGUUCUUCCCGUCUCGCAUACCUCCAAUGAACAUGCCUAAGCACACCCGCUCGUCGAGUUCGAGCCAUAAUCGGUACUCGAACCCGAAUCCCAUGCCCGUCUCCCUCGCUCCCUCAGCCCCCGUCCCCAUCUACAGCACGCGACAGCCUAUGCCGCUCAACACGGGGGGUUACUACCCGACCGUGGCCUCUACCUCGGCGCAGCCUCCUAUGCAGGCACAGCAGUACGACCCCUAUGCGGCAGACGUGGUGCCGCAGGCGCCGAUGCCGAACCGUCCCUCGUCCGGCGCGUGGACGGUCCAGGACGACCAGAACCUGCUCGCGGCCAGGCAGCAGGGCCUCAAUUGGGCGCAGAUCCAGAGCAACUACUUCCCCAACAAGUCCCCCAACGCCUGCCGGAAGCGCCACGAGCGGCUGAUGGAGCGUAAGGGCGCCGACGAUUGGGACAACAGGAAGCUGGAGCGCCUGGCGAAGGAAUACAUGAGCAUGCGCAAGGAGAUCUGGCAGCCGCUAGCCGCGCGAACGGGAGAAAAAUGGAUGGUUGUCGAAGCCAAGUGCAUGAAUAACGGGCUCAAGAACUUGCAGUCGGCGGCGCGGUCGGCGGCGCGGCGGGAGAGGCUGGAAUCCGGCCAUCCAAUCCAUGGGUAUGACGACGAUAGCGGCAUUUCCGGCAUUGGUCUGACUCCAGUAGAUGACCUCGACGCCUCGUAUAGCAGCCCCGAGACGACGUCCAGCUCGCACUCGGGCGGCAGCGGCGGCGGCGGCUACGGCGGCGCCAUCCACCCCAUGGCUCUCAGCAGCCACCCGUACGGCGCCAACUACACCACCAGCGCCGGCACGCUGUCUUCUAGCUACGGUUCUUCGGUCUCGUCUACGGCGGCGGCGGCGCACUACGGCACCGCCAUGCACCAUUCCCACUCUCAGGGGGGGUCUCCCUAUAUGGGCGACGGGCAGAGGCUUCCCAGCGUCGACAUGGGCAUCGACGCCAUCAUUAAUCGACCGGGUCACGGCGGCGGACAUGCCCACGGCAUGUGAAGGGGUGCGCGAUACGAAGUUACGAAGAUUUCUUCUAUGUUCCCUUUACAUAUCCAUUCAUUCAUUCUUGGUUUAUUUUUUACCUGGUGACAGCGCGGCUUUCCACUACGAGAUUUCCGACUCUCGGCCUCGGGCGGUCGGAUUACGACGUACGUUGGCGUUGCUCGGGAGUGUCUGCCGCUCCCCUGUAUUAAUCACCACCUAUUUCUUUCUUUACUUACUUCGGUCUUUUGCAAAACUCCUAGGCGUUCGCGGCGUCAGCAUAGCACGGCGAAAUUACGGGACAUAAAGAGGGGCUGGGAUACGGAAGGGCCGCCGGCGAGCAGCUCACCACCAUUAUGAGGAAGGAGGCUUGAUACGGGGGGCAACGGAGAGUGUGGCGGAAGAAGAUUGGAUUACGAAAGAAAACUCGGCGCUCCUUUAUAAUUGCUUUUAGGGGGAACUAUCAUGCUACGGAUAUUUACCAUGUCAACCCUCC